CGUGGGGGGCGGAGCCUCGCGCUAGUGACGUCACCUCUGUUACGUCACAGCCACGCCUCCACCCACAGUGGAGAGGAAUGCACACGAGGGAGCAGCAGAAGAAGCCUUUUGAGAGCGAAUCCUCAACGAGGCCAUCCAACUUCAAACAAAAUCUACUCCUUCCCAACAACAUGGACAGACAAAUCACGUGGGCUGAGAUCUUGGAUGACUAUGAGGCCCGGGAGUCGGCGUGCCAGUCGACCACGUGGGGGGACGUUAUGGAUAAGGUGGACCCUUUCCCAGGCCAAAGUUACAAGAAUCGCUCACCAAAGAGGAUAAUUGGAGAGUUGAAGGACGUCAGCGGGGUGAAGCAUCUCCAGGAAAAGAACCUUGGCAAAGAAAGAUGCACCAUGGAAGAGGAGCGCCUCUUUGAGGUGCAGCGCAUUGCCAGGGCGAAGUGCCGCACAGAGGAGAAGUACUUCCGAGAUUAUCUCCUCAAGAAGCGCCUCAUUAAAGUGAAGUACUUCAUUGAUGAGAAGCAUCAUCGCGAGAUGAAGUGUGCUGAGGAGAAGAGUCUGGAGGAGGAGGAGAAGUGUCUCGACAACGUGAAACACGUCGAGGAGGAGAAGCGCCUUGAGCAGGAGCAGCGCCUCGCCAGCAUUGCUACCAUCACCACCACCGCUACGGCCGGCACCUUCACCCCCACCCCUGCCACCGCCAACGCCACCACGGCCACCACCGCCACCACGGCCACCACCGCCACCACGGCCACAACCGCCACCACUGCCACAAAACCCGCCGCCACCACUGCCACCACCGCCACCACCGCCACCACUGACACCGACGCCGUUGCCGCUACUGCCACAAAACCGGCCGCCACCUCUGCCAUUGCCACCGCCACCACCGUCACGACCGCCAACACUGCCGCCACUGCCACCACCGGCCCGAUUGCUCCAAGCUUUGGAGAAGAGUGCUUCCAAGCAGAGAAGAUGGAGAAGAAGACAGAGGUGGAACAGGAACACGAAGAGGAGAAGGUGGAG